AUGGGGUGCGGCGGCGGGCUGCCCUCCCAGGCCUUCCAGUAUGUGAUCGACAACAAGGGCAUCGACACCGAGGCGCGGUAUCCGCUGGCGUCGGUGUGGAUCUCGGACUGCACCGCGCCCGAGCUGUGUCCGUGCACCUACAACCAGUCCGCGGGGGCGGUGGGCGCCGUCGUCGCGUCGUACACGUCCCUCCCGGCUGGCAGCGAAGCCGCCCUCGCUCACGCCCUCGCCACCGUCGGACCAAUCAGCGUGUGCAUUGAUGCCGAGCAGGGACUGCAGUUCUACUCGGGCGGCGUGUUCUCGUCGCGAUCGUGCGGCUCGGCUCGCACUGACCUCAAUCACGCCGUGCUCGCCGUAGGCUACGGCAGCGUUCCCGUGAAUGGUACGGAGGUGGAGUACUACAUCGUCAAGAACUCGUGGGGCCGGAGCUGGGGCAUGGACGGCUACGUCCUCUUCGCGCGCGGCUCCAACAUGUGCGGCAUCGCCACGCUUGCCACUUACCCCAGCGUGAUCUGA